UUCACUUCACUCUUAACUUGUCCAAUUGAAAAAACAAAACCCUAACAAAAUUCAACUCUUCAUCUCCAUUUUCAUUUUCACCUAAAAAAAAACCCUAAUUUCCCCAAUUUCAUCCCCAAUUCUCAUGAAAUCCUCUUAAUUCACUGCUCCCAAUCCAUGGAUCCCGAAAUGUCGCACCAAGAUGGCAACUACAACGAGUCGCCGGCGAAGAGUGAGGUAAUCGGAAACGGAACAGUUACCACUAUGGCGAAUUCGAGGUUGAAGCUGAGGGUGCACCCUAACAAGGAUCACAAACCAGAAGGUUACGAUGAUCUUGAUUUGGAUUUCAAUCCUUCCAUUUUCAGCUCGUUGGAAAGAUAUCUUCCUUCGAAUAUGCUUGGUAUUCCUCGUGAUGAUAAAGCUAAGUUCAUGCGUGAGAUUUUGCUUAAGUAUCUUCCAAGUGGAGAACGUCACAGAACACAGAAGCAUCAGGAAUACAGAGAGAAGAUAAAAUCAAAUUAUCAGCCUUUACAUCGCGAGUUGUAUGCUCUGAAUCCUACUACAUUCUUUUUGCCGACAUUUCUGAAAGCAAUCAGUGAUAACACAGAGCAAAGCUUUAGAAGCAUAAUAUCUGAGCCCUCUCCAGGCAUUUAUGUAUUUCCAAUGCUUCAACCAGACUUUUGUGAGCUGUUGCUAUCUGAGAUUGAAAACUUUGAGAAAUGGGUGGCUGAAGCAAAAUUUCGGAUCAUGCGUCCCAAUAGAAUGAAUAGAUAUGGUGCUGUACUUGAUGACUUUGGCCUUGAACCGAUGCUUGACAGGCUUAUGGAUGAUUUUGUUCGUCCUUUAUCUAGAGUGUUCUUUCCAGAAGUUGGUGGAUCAUCCCUGGAUUCGCAUCAUGGAUUUGUUGUUGAAUAUGGUGAAGAUAAAGAUCUUGACUUGGGUUUCCAUGUGGAUGACUCGGAAGUAACCUUGAAUGUUUGCUUGGGCAAGGAAUUUUCCGGGGGGGAGUUGUUUUUUCGUGGCUCAAGAUGCGAGAGACAUGUAAAUACAGGAACUCAAUCAGAGGAAGCCUUUGAUUAUUCUCAUGUCCCUGGACGGGCUGUGCUUCAUCGUGGUCGACAUCGUCAUGGUGCUAGAGCUACAACAUCUGGCCAUCGAAUCAACCUCCUUAUGUGGUGCAGAAGUUCUGUCUUUAGAGAGAUGAAACUGUACCAAAAAGAUUUCUCCGACUGGUGUGGUGAAUGCAAUCGUAUGAAAAAGGAAAGACAGCGGUCCACAUGUGCUGCUACUAGAUUGGAAUUGAUCGCAAGAGAAGGUGAAUCGACAGCAUAGUGUGUUUUGCUCAGUGGAUUGGUUGUAAAAUUGUAAUGGUUUCUAGGUAAAAAGGACUAAUUUAAAAAUGACAUUGUCAUUUUGAUAUUUAUAUCCUAUAAAAUUGUAAUGGUUUCUAUGAAGCCUAUUUAAUGUCUUUCUGGGGUGUAUGUAAGCUAGUUUAAUGCUCAUUGACAUUGUCAUUUUGUGAUGCAUAAAACCGCAAUAACAUGACUAGUGAUAUAGCUUUAGGCUGUAAUUAACUUUUACUUAAGUUUCUAUGGUUCAUUGCCUAUUGCAUCA